ACCAAAUAACAAAAAGAAUGGCAGCUUCUGUGAUACAGCGUCUGCUUUCAAGCAAAUGUACACAUAUCAGAUUAAAUGUAUUGAAAUAUGGACAGGUGCCCAAUUUUCAAACAGGUGUUGCAUGCUCCGCUAACUGUCACAGAAGACGGACAUAUGUUUCCGAUGCCACAGAUAUCCAGUCUGCCAACUGUGCGAAGUAUGGUGGACGACACACAGUGUCACUGUUAACAGGCGAUGGUGUUGGCCCAGAGCUGCUUGACCAUGUGCAGACAGUCUUCAAAUAUGCUGGUGCUCCCAUUGAUUUUGAAAAAGUUGUGAUUAAUGCAUCAACACGGGAGCCAGAAGACUUGAAAAAUGCCUUGAUGUCAGUUCGCAGAAACGGUGUCGCAAUCAAAGGCAAUAUUGAAACAAAAUUUGAUGAUCCUACCUUUUCUUCAAUGAAUGUUGCUUUAAGGAUUGAUUUGAAUUUGUUUGCUAGUGUUGUUUGGUGUAAGUCAUUUCCUGGAGUGAAAACUAAACAUAAGGAUCUUGAUAUCAUUUUGAUACGAGAAAACACAGAGGGUGAAUACAGCAACCUUGAACAUGAGAAUGUGCCGGGUGUUGUGGAGAGUCUGAAGAUAAUCACCGAGCCCAAGUCGACGCGGAUUGCGAGAUACGCCUUCAAGUAUGCGGUGGAGCACGGCCGUAAGAAGGUGACUGCCAUACACAAGGCAAAUAUCAUGAAACUAGGUGAUGGUCUGUUCCUGGAAUGCUGCCGGGCGGUUGCUAAGGACUAUCCCGAGAUUGAGUUCUCAGAUAUGAUCAUUGAUAAUGCAAGCAUGCAGAUGGUGUCACGCCCUCAGCAGUUUGAUGUGUUGGUUCUGCCAAACCUGUAUGGCAACAUCCUCAGUAACAUUGGAGCUGGGUUAGUCGGUGGGGCUGGCAUGGUUCCUGGUAUGAAUGUCGGAGAACAGUAUGCUAUUUUUGAGCUGGGCACAAGGAAUUCUGGGAGAUCACUGGAAGGGAAGAAUCUUGCUAAUCCAAUAGGAAUGUUGUUGGCAAGCUGUGACAUGCUCAACUAUCUCGGACAUCAUAAUAUUGCUGCUAUAAUCCGUAAAUCUACCAUGAGUGUUCUGUCAGACGAAAAGACUUGCACGAUUGAUAUUGGUGGGCAUGCUAAGACUUCUGAUGUUACUCAGGCAAUUAUUGAUGACUUGAAAUACAAGACUCGGACAUGAUACGUGAUCUGGAUAUCUUGCCAAUAGAGUGUGACCAUGUCAUUGUUCACAGCUCACUGCAUCAAGAUUAGCAUGAGAUACAGUACAAUUAUACCUGUGUUAAACAUCAGUCGGGCGUGUGUAGUACGUUAAUUAUUAAUGAGUACCUGUUGACAGCGGUAUGUUAAUCCCAGUCUUUAGCUUCCUAUUCAUUGUUUUUACUUUAUUGGGGUUUUAUGCAUGCUGUUCCUCUGUUCUUCAGAAACUUAAACAAAUUAAUUAACAAUUAAUGCUAUCAUUAGACGAACUCUGUGCAUAAUUACAUAUUCCACCUGUCAUUCGCUUUAAAAAAAAAAAAUUAAAGCCCUUUAAAAACUAAUCAGUCAUUCAGUUAUGUAAACUUUGUUGUUUAUGAAAAUUAUCAAAUCCAAAAUCAAAUCAUGUAUAACUAGCCACCGAACGGAACAAAAUUUAUUAAUUAUUAAGUGAUAAAGUUAAUUGGUUAAUCAAAGAUCAGGCUUUACAUAUUUCGUAUUUGAACAUAUAAUGCCUCUAGUGGACAUGUAAGCUGAAAACAAUAUAUAUUGUUAGACAGUUUAUAUUAUUUAUAAAUAUUUGUGUUUUGUAUUUAGAUCUCCUAUUUUCAGUAUUAUAAUACUGUACAGCACACCUAACAUUAUGUUGAGAAUUUUGGAGCUCCUUUGAAGAAAUAAUAUUAAAAUAUCAAAUAUUGAAUUGUAAUUUUUGGAUGUAAGUUUACCUAAGUCAUAUUAACAUAGGAGAAACUGACUUGUUAAGCAGCCAACUUGAAUUCCCCCCCUCCCCCCCAAAACCCCCCCCAAAAAAAACCCCACCUUCACAAUUCCUCAAAAUAGCAUAACAGUCGCUUGUUAAUUGUUUGUUGUUGGGUUGUUGAUUUUUUUUACCUCCCCCCCCCCCCCCCCCCUUCCAACAUUAAAUAUAACGUAAAGGAUUGGAAGAAUAAUUCUCCCAAUAUUAAAUAUAACGUAAAGGAUUGGAAGGAUGAUUCUCCCAACAUUAAAUAUAAUGUAAGAGAUUAGAAUGAUAAUUUUGGAGCUUGCAUUAAAAAUCAGCUGAUGAAACUAACCUACAUUCAGUUUGUUUUGUUGUUUCAUGUUGUUUUUCCUCCGUCUGUUUAUACAGCAUGUCUCAAGAAAUUGGUGCCUACUGAGAAUCAGGGAUUAAUUUUUUUUUUAAAUUAAUUAUUAAAAUAAUGAUGUUUUUGUUUUUUGUUUUUUGGGUGGGUUUUUUCAAUAUCCCAGAAAAUUAGAACUUUGAGUUGUGAAAUUAACAGGACUAUGUAAAAAAAACAAAUUUUUAAAAAGAAUUCAUUUUACUUUUAUAAUACAUGUUUCUUACACACCCGUUGUUGAGAACAUGUGUUAUUUUUUA